AUGAUUAAUCAGCGACUGCAGUAUGAAGAGUGGAUAAUCCCUCCGCGGACGGCUGUUGGCAUGAUCAUCGUUGACGUCCACCACCAUGAACGUAUCUUCCGGAUUCGCACACGUACCGCCCAGAACGAUGGAUGGGCAAUCAAAAAGCGCCAGAAGGUGCUCCGCUCGAGCACUACUUUGUCGGCUUUGGCAAAGGGGCUAGAGGUUCACUUCCGCAGCCUGGCUUGGGCGGAGCUGUUUCUGCUGAUGGCGGCCUUGUUCGGCGGUUUCGAUCCGGGUUGUUCGAGACCGACAUAUCUGAUGUGA